CUAACUAGGAAAAAUGCGUCGUAAACUAGAUUUGAUUUCAGUCUAGACGACAACGAUAUUUAAACGAUAGCUUAAUCAAUGUUAAUUAUAAGUGAAAUUAUGAUGCCUGCUCCGAUUGAUAUUGAAAAACAAAGAUAUCAAUUAUGCAACAAUUAAAUUUGGACUAGGUUAUGCAUGCGCGAAUUGCGUGCCGCUGCAACACCAUCGGGCUCUGUAUAAGUUCUAUACUCAUUAAAAUAUACUAGAGUUGUGCGUUAUCUGCAGAAUAUUUUGAGCAUAGUAUAUAGCUUAUCUGUGAUAAAAAGCAGCUGAUCGCCUAUGAAUAUUGAAUGAUCGAAAUUGAGGGUUAUAUUGUUAUGUCAGUGAUUUAUAACUAUAAACAAGAGGUUGAACAAGUCGAACAUAAUAAUAUAUACGUUUAUUUAAAUAUCGCCUUGUUACCUUUAUUUUAAAAUGACGACACGAAAGCCUAUAUCCUGGUUUUUGACAGAACAAGGACGAAGAUUUUCGUUUGCAGUUGUUACCGGAACGGGCUUAGCGCUUACUGCAGUAAGAUAUACUCCACAUACAUUUUUAAUAGAUAAAUACAGAGAUUUCGUUCGUUACUACAGUGCAGGAAAACCGGUUGAACUUAGUGAACAACUUCAGCAAAGGUUUAAUAAAUGCCUUGACAUUCUCAAUUUGUCUGAUGUUCAUAAAAAAAUAGUUAAACCUUUUAGUGUAUACGGCUUUGAUUUAUUUCAUGCUGGAAGCACAAGUUCCAGAUUUGGGGUGCAAAUUGGAAUACCAGUAAAUUUUAAUUACAAAUCUCUGGUAGAUAUUGAGAAAGAUAAUUUGCAGGUUAACCAAAAAAGGGUGGAUUUAACAACAGAAGUUGGAAGUAAAUUAAGUGAAGCCUUAAUUUUGCCUGAAAAAGUUCAAGAGUUUGCAAUGUGUAGGGAAAUAUUAAUGACUCAUAAUAAUAAAAUUAUGUUUGAGUCUGCAUAUCCCUUUAUGUCCAUUUUCUUAGUUUAUAACCUUUCAUCAUAUUUAAAUAAAAAACUGAACUUAUAUGCUGCUCCAACUGCUUUACGAAGUAUAAUGUAUUCAAUAACUGGGCUUUUUGGAGUAGGUAUAUAUUUCCUAUUCAAAGAUAUGACAGAGGUACAUUAUGAAGCUAGGACUGAUGAAGUUCUCUCUAAGCUGGGCCCAGAUUUUAUAGAGAGUGGAAUUAUAUUUUAUGAAAAACUAUUAGCUAGGAAUCAGGCCUUAAGAGAAUUAAUGGGUGCUGAAGGUGAGGCAAAGUACAGUGUAUUUGGAAAUGAAAAUUAUGGUUUGCGCCAACCACAUAUUGCACUUGUUCACAGGAAACAAUUUUUCGAAAAUAUUAUAAAAGAACACAGAGGUGAAACUUCAAGUGAAUAAUAACAAACAAGUCAUAUAUAUAUAUAUUUAUGGACAUAAUAUAUAAACAGGACUGAACACUCACAGGUGGCACAUGGCAUGUGGUGAUGGCACUGAUAAUCCUCUGUAUUGUAUAACUGAAAAUAUGUUUUAAAGCUUUGCAAUAUGGUUUAUUUUCGUUAAUAUAGAUUUAUAAGUUAUCAGUCCUGUUUAGUAUAUUACGUCCAGCAUAUAUUAAUUACUAGUCGCUAAAA